UACAUUUUGGGAGGGUCCAAAGGGUGGCAUUGCUCCUGUUCCUGUUGCCUAAUUAAAAAAGACUUUGAAAUCUUUUUCAUUCACUUGGUUCACUCUUUGAGGAAGAAUACACUAAUAAGUGCAUCCAGAAUUACAAAAUCACAGAUGUCAGAUGUAACAGGGACAGGAAAAAACAUUGACCCCAAAUUUAUAGAAUGACCGAUUUAGAAAAUCUCUUAUUUUUUUAUGAUUGAAUCGGAUAUAUGCCACACCCUUUUAACAGAAUGUGAAUUUCUGUUUUAAUACAGGAUCAAUGCCAAAGUGACACAGAUUUGGGAGAUUUCAGGAGCUAAGCAUUGAAGUUUUUCCAAAUGGACGUUAAAAGAGGACACUGCUGGCGCUGUGAGAGGCAGCUUCCAGAGGAUUUAGUGAGGUGCAGCCAGUGUCCGCAGGCUGAGUACUGCAGCAGGGGCUGUCUGCAGGAAGACAGAGUCAGGCAUGGCAGUGUGGAGUGCCAAAACUUUGGGCCAAAACGGUGCAGCCAAUGCGGAAAGCAGGGCAAACUGAAAGAGUGUGCUGGUUGUAACAACGCAUGGUACUGCCAUUCAACUUGCCAGAUGGCAAACUGGCCCACCCACAAACAACAGUGCAAGUUGAUUGAAAGCUACAUCAAGGAAGCCUCAAUGGGAAUGAGAUGUUUUCAUUCUAGGCAAGGGGAAAGUGUCUCUAGGCACCCUGAACCACCGGUCUACAUUGGAAACACCAUUGCGAGUGACUUUCUACGCCUUGAGGAGAAUGAGUGGUCAGGAUUGAGCAUGUUGAGUGGGGAUAUGGGCGAGGAUGAGCUGAAGAAGAAUUACAACUUGCUGUCCAUUGGAUGUGGAGACUUGAGGAGUACCGUGCUGACUGUCGCAUCUUUACCCGCUAAGUAUCUGGGGAAUAUCCAGGUCACGUUGGAUGACCUUGACCCUUUUGUGAUGGCCAGGAAUGUCAUGUUCCUUGCUAUGAUGGUCAGGUACUCCACCAGAGAAGGCAUUGCAUCCUCUUUGGCCACCAUCUGGUACUCAGUUCUUAUUUCCGCCAGUGACUACGACCUUAUUAAGGACACAUUGCAAGAACUUGUCAAGAUGAGCCAAGAGGAACUCUUUGCUCUGACUCACGGACUUGUUACAGUCAGCGAAGCAGACUUGCGCUAUUUGCAGGAAGUCUGGGAAGGUUGGCUGAUGCUGAAGUGCAAUCGCAAAGCGAAAGACUCAAUCAAUCUUCAGCAACAAAGAAAGCGUGUCUUUGACAGCGAUAUUGGGGCAAUUGUUGGGAUUCCUCAGUUUCUCAACCGACUCUCCAGGAGAGAUGCCAAAUUUAUGAAAGACUGGUUUGGCCAUGGACUCUUCCUUCCCACUGACAAAUGUCGCGGAAACAGCGGCCUUGACUUUGACAAUCCAACCCUCACUGGCAGGACAUCAGCCAAUGUCCUCAACAAAACCCCCAAAGAGUAUGAUUUUGCGUACUGCAUCAGGACUGACCAAACUCCUUUUAUAGUUUGGGACUGUCUGCGAGUCGAUGAGUCAACUGAGCAACCUCUCUUGUCUGUGAUGGCCAGGUACCACGACUACGUAACCAAGCUCCUACGGCAAACCAUCAAUUUCAUUAGUCAGGGGCGGCUCACUGUUAACAUCUUUCUUGCUCAUUGUCUGGACUUUCCAAAUCACCAUCUGACUCUGAAUCUGCCACACUAUGACAGAAUCUUCACAUCCAAUCUCUUAGACUAUGUCGGUCUCUGUACACUCCUGAAGGUGUUUAAGCCACUACUGAACCAUGACAACAUGUACUCGACAAUCGUGAAUCAGGCACUGAACUGGAUUGGAAACUGUACCCCACAUGCAGAUGUCCAGAAGCUACCCCCUACUGAAACUUUCAAAUAUCAAAAAAUGUGUCGGCAGGACACAGGUUUCAGCGCCAUAUUGGCGACGGAAUUCAACAACAACCGAGAAUACUACAACACCACUCACUGGUUCCUGGCUUAUCUCCGUGCUGAAAUCAUGGCCGGGGGAGUGGGUACACACGUGCCAGCCACAGAUCACGUACCCAAGCUGAAUGAAGUGAUGCACUACGGUGGGUUGCGAAUGCGCGACUUCCGCAAGGGGCGCAAUAAACUGAUGCCCUUCCAGUACCGCGUGAAUGCAAGGAGAAUAACCAUGGUGGACGGCCACACUAGGAAUGUAGAAUGGUGCCUGCCAGAGCAUAAAAGCUCCUCAUCAGCAGAACCAAUUCACGAAUAAGGUUCAUUGGUUCCCUUUCAUUGGUUGAAAAAAAAACCUACUUAUCUGGACUUAUUUGUCAAUCUCAAUCCCGUGUGAAAAGCAGAUCAUGACAAUCAUGCAGGUAACUAGCCGGCAGCAGGUGUAAAGGCAGACAAAGUAUCAAAGGGUUGGAUGGGAGUCACAACGAUGUUGAAGAAGGCUGAAGACCCUAGUGGCCGGAGAACCCUUCUUGCAUCUGUGUCCUUCUGGUCCCCCCCCCCCCCCAACCAAACCUUCCUAGGUCACAGGAAUGAGUGAGUGAGUGGAUUCCUUAACCCUAACCUCCCCAACUCCAUCAAAAUCAAUCCCCCCAUUUUGGUGGAUUUUGGGGGACUUGGU